AUAGGGCUGUGCUCACUCUCCAUCACCAUGGCUAACCAGAAGAAUCGAGCAACCACUGCAAAACGGAGCCUGAAACGAAUGUUGGAGCGAGAAUUUGAGGAAUAUGAAGACGAUCGCAAGGUUUCUAAGAUCGAGUCCUGCGACAGUCCGUCAGGUUUGAUGUGCGAGAUCAGAUCUCAAGUCGAAAUUCUUAACUCUACCAAUUCUCUAGCUAAACCAGAUUGCGUUGCUUCCAGGAAAGCCGCCAACUUCCUCUCCCAGAUCGCCAAAACCGAGGACACUGUGAGUCUGAUUGUGGAUUGUGGAGCUGUGCCAGCACUAACAAAGCAUCUUCAAGUACUGUCUUCGCCAAAAGAAGGGGAUGAUACUCCCAAACUGUACAAGCAUGCAGUAGAGGAAGAAUGUGCUGCUGUUCUUGGAUUACUAGCUUUCAAGCCAGAGCAUCAACAGCUGAUAGUCGAUGCUGGAGCUCUAACUCAUCUCGUGGACUUAUUAAAUAGGCAUAAAAUUGGUUGUAGUUAUCAGGCACACAGUGGUGUAAUCUGCAGAGCAGCCGACACAAUUACUAAUCUUGCAUAUGAGAAUAGCAGCAUUAAAUCCCUUGUCAGGAUUGAAGGUGGUAUCCCAGCUCUGGUUGAAUUGCUCGAGUUUGGUGAUGAUGAGGUACAGCGAGCAGCUGCGGGGACCUUGCGAACCCUUGCUUACAGAAAUGAUGAGAAUAAGAAAAAGAUUAUUGAAUGCAAUGCUCUUCCUGCACUUGUAUUAAUGCUUCAAUCUGAUGAUGCUUCCAUACAUUCUGAAGCGGUCGGUGUGAUCGGAAAUCUGGUUCACUCAUCUCCGGACAUAAAGAACGAAGUUCUUCAUGCUGGAGCCUUACAGCCUGUUAUCAGAUUACUCAGUUCCUCCUGUUCAGUGAGCCAAAAAGAGGCAGCUUUGUUACUGGGUCAGUUUGCUGCAGCCGAUUCUGAUUGCAAGGUGCAUAUUGCUCAGCGAGGUGCUGUCCAGCCACUGAUUGAGAUGCUUCAUUCCCAAGAUCUGCAGGUUAAGGAAAUGUCUGCUUUUGCACUUGGGAGGUUGGCACAGGAUUCACAUAAUCAAGCUGGAAUCGCUCAAAAUGGUGGUAUAGUGCCUCUACUUGAGCUUCUUGAUUCAGAAAAUGAAUCUCUUCAGCAUAAUGCUGCUUUUGCACUCUUUGGUCUUGCAGAUAAUGAGGACAAUGUUGCAGAUUUUAUCAAGUUUGGAGGUAUUCAGAAACUCCAAAGAGGAGAAUUCAUUGCUCAACGAACAAGAAUUUGUAUAGCCAAAACAUGCGAAAGAUUGGAGGAGAAGAUUCAUGGACGAGUGUUGAGCCAUCUAUUAUAUUUGAUGAGGGUUGCAGAUAAAGCUGUUAAAAAAUUGGUUGCUUUGGCUCUUGCUCAUUUUUGUCGUCCAGAUGAUCGGAAAAACAUUUUUCUUGAUAAUAACGGGCUAGAGUUGCUGUUGGAGCUUCUUGAGUCCAGGCUACCAAAGCAGAAAAAAGAUGUUUCGGUGGCAUUGCAUAAGUUGGCUGUCAAAGCAACUUCAGUCACUAAGGAGGAUGCAACUCCUCUAUCAUCGAAUCCACGUGUAUACUUGGGCGAACAAUAUGUGAACAAUCCUACAUUAUCUGAUGUUACAUUCGUAGUUGAAGGUAGAAGAUUUUAUGCCCACAGAAUUUGUCUGAUUGCUUCAUCAGAGGCUUUUCGUGCAAUGUUUGAUGGUGGCUACAGAGAGAGAGAUGUCGAGGACGUGGAGAUUCCAAAUAUUAGAUGGGAUGUUUUUGAGUUGAUGAUGAGAUUCAUUUACACAGGAUCAGUAGAUAUCAACAUAGAUAUUGCUCAGGAUCUCCUCAGAGCGGCGGACCAGUAUCUACUUGACAGCCUCAAGAGUAUUUGUGAAUAUGCCAUUGCACAGGACAUUUCAGUGGAUAAUGUUUCUCUUACGUACGAAUUUUCAGAGGCCUUUAAUGCUAUGUCUUUAAGACGUGCUUGUAUACUUUUUAUACUGGAGCAUUAUGACAAAUUAAGCAUGAAGCCAUGGUAUUCUCGUUUGAUUCGUCGCAUCAUCCCGGAGAUGCGCAGUUUCUUUGCAAAAGAAUUCACAAAGCCUAUCCAAUCCUCGCAAAGUUGAUGCAACAAUUGGUGAUUUAGCAUUAGGUUUGGUCUUCCCCUCCCACUCCCCAUACUAGUGUAGAAUGUGCAGAAAAAUUAGCGACCACUGUCUAGCUCAUGAGUGAAUUUAUUAUUGUAAUCAGGCAAAACUGAACGACAUAAAACCAGGCUGAACCAGCCUUUCCGCCCAAUUAUGAUUUCUCAUUUAGCGAUUUUGACCUUAUGUAAUGAGGUGAGACGAAUUCCGAAACUGUGGUGAUGUGAGUUGCGUAACAUAAAAUAUGAUAGCUCUCGCUUUCUAACAA